AUGAGGUCAUUUCAAAGAGUUACUCUGGCUUUAAUAAUUUUACAACAAAUCGUCGACGAGCUUACAGUCGCUCUCACGUUGUUCACUUCUGUUACAAAACACCUGAACGCACGUAAACCUCAUCGUCCCCGGACGGGACCUCCGAGAUUCUUAACCAAUUUUCGGGUACCAGAACAGCUUACUCACCUGCACCGGCUAGUUUCAGUUAGCGAUGAGUCGUGCCUUCGCAACUUACCUAUGGACCGUAACGCCUUCGGUCGGCUGUGCUAUUUGCUCCAACAUGCCGGUGGAGUUUCAGAAAGCAGGGCUUGUACCGUACCCGAGCAAGUCGCUAUUUUCCUUAGUGUUGUGGCCCAUCAUAAAAAGAUUUGUGUGGUGAAGCAUGAUUUCUUGCGUUCCGGCCGCACGAUCCACAAACAUUUCCAUCGGGUCCUUAGGGCAGUUAUCAAACUGUACAACAUACUCCUAGUCCGCUCUACCCCAAUUACUGGCGAUUGCGUCGACCCACGGUGGAAAUGGUUUAAGGGUUGUCUCGGGGCGUUGGAUGGAACCUUCAUUGACGUCCGAGUACCUGAGGCUGACAAGGGACGGUAUAGAACCCGCAAAGGCCACGUCGCUGUGAAUGUACUCGGUGUGUGCAACCCUAAUAUGCAAUUCAUAUACGUUCUUUCUGGUUGGGAGGGGAGUGCAGCGGAUAGCCGUGUUUUGCGUGAUGCAGUUCACAGACAGGGUGGACUAAGAAUUCCUACAGGACAAUACUACUUGUGUGACAAUGGCUACGCCAAUGCUGAAGGUUUCUUGACGCCUUACCGAGGUGUAAGGCAUCGGCGAAUGUGA